GCCUAUUAUUUCAUUUGGAAAAAACAAAAGAAAAUCAGUAUUUGAUACCCUUUCUAAAUUCAUUAGCCCCAAUUGAAGAAAAUGUCCCCAAAUGCUCUUUGGCUGUGGUGCUGCAUGCCACUGCUGCUGGUGGGCGUGGCACGCGGCGAGGUUCUGGAUAUGGCAAACUGCACGAAGCUGAUGAACACCAAGGCCCUGGACUGGUGCUGCGGUAGGAACAUCCUCAGCAUGUUCGUCUUUGUGGGCAGCAACUGUACCUCCUUCUUGAGCGACUAUGGACCCUGCCGCUACGAUUGCAUCUUCAAUCACUGGGGGAUACGCGACGAAACGCAGUUCAAACUCAAAAUGCCCGAGCUCUUCAUGAUGAUCACCCGGCUGUACAGUCCCCUCAAUGGAUACGAAAGCUAUGGAGUGGCCCUGAAGAAGGCGUACGAGACGUGUGACAGUUUGGGCACCAAAUACGCCGACUUCAUAAUGCUCUACUCUGCACAUUUGCAGCAGACACUGGGCCUGGGCAACUUCACUGCCAACACGGCCAACAACUGCUCGCCCUUUUCCAUGUACCACGCGCAGUGUGCGGCGAUAUAUCUGACCCUCGAGUGUCCACAAAAAUACUGGCAGCAGGAUGAGCAGUGCAGCAUCCUAAAGGAGACAAUCCGCUCGUGCGUGAGGAUUUUCGACGAUGGCAGUGUCUCGAAGAGCGAGCCGCAGACAAGGAGUGCGAGCAGUCGGCUCUGCCCAGGGGCAGCUAUCCUUUUUCUGUUUUCAUUUGUAGCUAGUGUCACCUGUAUCAGCAGAUCUAGCACAAAUAUAUGUUCCGAGUCGUUUGUGUGACUGCGAGCCAUGAAA